CGUAACACUGUUCACUCAAGAGGUACGGUGGCAUAUUCAGAGGUGCUGUACUUAAUUAAUGUUUUGAAGAACUGAAGGUAAAAUGGAAGAAUACCAGCAUCUGCUGUACUUUGAGGCAAAAGAUCUGACAGACAGAGAGAAGGAGAAAAUCAGGAGGUACUUCCUGAAAAGACGAGACUCUGGGGGAGGUGAAUGUGGGCUCGUUGAAAAGGUUGGAGGCAACAUCUUUAAAAUAUCUUUCAAGGACAAAGAAGACCAAGAAAGAGUUUUGCGGAGGAAGUCUCAUACCAUCUCCCUCCCUAGCGGAGAGCUACGUCUGACAGUGAGCCGAACAGAUUCGCCACAGACCCCUGAUCAGCCAUCCACCAGUCAAUCACAGGUGAGCAAACGCCGUUCUGGAGGCUUUUACCGGUUAUAUAAUGACUGCAAACACUGA